AACGCGUCGGGCCCGGUGUUUGUAGUAGUCGUUAAGUGUGCGCUCGUCGUACUUAAUAAUAAAUGUUGUCAUUGUCGUCGAGCGCUUCCCUCCGAUUUCUUCCGCCGUCUGCACGAAAUCUCGUCAAACGUCUCUCUAUCUGUUUUUUUAUUCCUAAUAAUCUUCGUCCAAAGAAUCGAAUAAAAAAGUCGAUUUUAAGAUUUUGAUCUUCGAUCGAAGUUUUUUACUCCUCUCUUUCCCACUCGACACAAAGUCGAUUACCGAAUUGACGCGUUUGCAUUCGUCAUAUGUAUGCAAAAACCCAGACUUUCGGGACGCCUCAAGUCACCACGGGCAUGCCGUCGCAGCCGCAACUCAUCCGUCCUGGAGGAUUGUUCACGCACAAAAAGAUGGCGGGGUUCCUUCAGGAUGCUGAUGGUUCAGACUUACACGACAUGAGUUCGGUCAUCGAGGGUUUUCAAAAGAAGAACAGCGUCGGGUCUAUGGGAUCGGCGACGRCGAUGGCCACGACCGCCGGCAACCAUAUGGCGUCGUCGAAGAAGAACACGUCGUCGUCGUCUUCGAGUUCACGGAUGAUGGAAUCGUCGUCGUCCACGUCGUCUUCGUCAUCCACGUCUCAGCACGUCCUGCACCGACAGGUGUCUGAAAUGACGACCACGUCAUCCGAACUGCAAAACUCCCAGCUGCUCCAACAGCGGAUACUCGUGGACAGCGGUAACGUUACCGCGGUUAACGAGGACGCCGACUGCUGCAACCCCGUCGACGGGGCGGACCCGCUGGUCACGUUUCCCGAGUCGCCUCCCGUUUUGGUGUCCAACGAUUCGCCGCUCCUCCACGCGUCCACCACCCGCCCUAAACCGGUCCGCGUGGCCGUGCAGGACGGACGACUGAAACACCCGGCCGCGGCGACCACCGAGCGGCGCGUGUCCACAUCGAAGCUGGUCCAAGAGGCGUACGAGUCGUCGUCGUCGUCGAGCAGCACCAGCAGCACGGUUUCCGAUUCGCAGGAGGUGCUCCACCAGCACGGCGACGUCCGCAAGCUGCACGCGGCCAACGCUAUCCGGGCCAGACUCGCUGGUACCAUCGGGAGCACUAUUGCCAACCGCGAAACCGAGACCGCUAUGAGCAAACUCCAGAAAGCUACGAGCGCACAACAACAAAGACAGACAAUAACGUCCUCAGGAAUGUUUAACCAAGAAAAACAUAUUGCUCAGUCAUCACAAUCGAAUUUUACGUUCACUAAAAAAGGCAUUUGCACAAGUUCAAAAGCCGUGUCAUCUGCCACUUCACAAUCAUCGCACAACGGAUCUUCGUCUGGCGGCAGUGGUUCGUCACCCCCAUCGACGCAUGUGAUCAGAAGUGUCGACGAUCUAUUAAACACGAAUUUCGAUGACCUAGACCAGAUGCGAGAGAUCGCCAACACUCAAGACGUGGAAAACGCUAUUAAAAAGUAUUCACUGUACUUGGAGAAUGCCGUCAAGGGACUGAUGAGCGGAAAGUACGCCGACACCAAAGGACCGAUAAUGCUUAACAAAAUGUUCGAUAUGAUUUGCAAGGCGUGGGCCGUGCCGACUUACGAGCUCGGAUAUGCGUUGUGUAACACAUUCCGGGACUGCGGUGGAAUGGAUUUGUUGAUCAACAAUUGCGUGUCCAAAGACCAAAAACUUCAGUUCUCCAGUGCCAGGUUACUGGAACAAUGUCUGACCACAGAAAAUCGCUCUUACGUAGUGGAAAAUGGGCUGGAAAAGGUCGUACACGUGGUGUGCGCUUACAAGAGUCAAGUGAGCUCGGCCGAUCAAUCUAAAGUCAGUACCGGAAUUCUUGAGCAUCUGUUUAAACACAGUGAAAUGACAUGCAGCGAUGUCAUCAAACUCGGUGGCUUGGACGUAUUGCUGUAUGARUGCCGCAGACGAGACAUCGAAACCCUGAGACACUGUGCCGGUGCUCUAGCCAAUCUGUCGCUAUAUGGAGGGGCUGAGAACCAAGAGUUGAUGAUCAAACUCAACGUACCCACGUGGUUGUUCACGUUGGCGUUCAACACGGACGACAACAUAAAGUAUUACGCAUUCUUGGCCAUAGCCGUUUUGGUGGCAAACAAAGAAAUCGAAGCGGCCGUCCUCAAGUCCGAAACCCUGGACCUGAUCGACCCGUUCGUCACCACCCACACACCGUCAGAGUUCGCCAAAUCUAACCUGGCUCACGCUCACGGCCAGAGCCACCAUUGGCUGGAAAGGUUGGUUCCGGUGUUGAGUUCAAUCCGAGAGGAAGCGUGCAACUUGGCCGCCUUCCACUUCUGCAUGGAAGCCGGCAUCAAGAAACAACAGGGCAAGACCAGUAUAUUCAGCGUGAUCAACGCCGUCGAACCACUGAAGAAGGUAGCCAGUUGCCCCAACGCAAUAGCAUCAAAGUUCGCCGCCCAAGCAUUGCGGCUGAUCGGCGAGGAGGUACCGCACAAGCUCAGCCAAAAAGUACCAUUAUGGUCACCGGAGGACGUCCGAGAAUGGGUCAGACAAAUCGGGUUCAGCGAGUGCUCCAAAAACUUCGUGGAAAGCCGAGUAGAUGGUGAUUUACUGUUGCAGUUGACCGAGCAAAAUCUUAGGGAYGAUAUAGGAAUACACAACGGAAUCAUGCGAAGAAGGUUUAUGAGGGAAAUACACAAUUUGAAACGAUUGGCGGACUACAGUAGCAGAGACACGACAAAUYUGAAYUCGUUCCUCCAGUCUAUAGGUUCGGAAUUUUCCGUUUACACUUAUUCCAUGUUGAAUGCUGGCGUUGAUAGAGACUCCAUCAGAUUUUUAUCAGAAGAACAGCUAGUACAAGAGUGUGGAAUAUCAAACAGCAUUCAUCGGUAUAGAAUACUAGACUCGAUAAGAGACAUGGAGACGCUAAUGGAAACGUCCUCUUUCGAAGAAAAYAUGAACAAAAACUUGGAUGUUUUUAUCAGUUACAGACGAUCGACUGGAUCUCAACUGGCAAGUUUGCUCAAAGUACACCUGCAACUUCGAGGAUACUCAGUGUUCAUCGACGUAGAACGUCUGGAAGCUGGCAAGUUCGACAACAACCUGUUGCAAAGCAUCAAGCAGGCGAAAAACUUCAUAUUAGUAUUGACGCCAAAGUCGUUGGACAGGUGUAUCGGCGAUAACGAAUGUAAAGACUGGGUGCACAAGGAAAUCGUGGCUGCUAUUCAGGACCAAUGCAAUAUCAUUCCGAUCAUGGACAACUUUGCGUGGCCCGAACCGGAAACCUUGCCGGAAGACAUGCAAAACGUGUGGAAGUUCAACGGCGUGAGGUGGAUACACGAUUACCAGGACGCUUGCGUGGAGAAGGUGGAGCGGUUCAUGCGGGGCGAGCUGAACGGGAUCCGGGACGGCGCCAGUUCGGGAUUGUCGCUGAACCGGUCCGGCGGCGGUGGCAUCGGCCCGUCCACCAUCAAGAGCGACCCGUCGGCGCCGAACACACCGAUGACCGUGGGCAGGUCACCGCCAACGUAUCAGCGGACUCAGUCMAACGACAGUGAACGCGGCGACCUGACCGGUARCAAGGAUUGACUAGCGGGGAACACUUCCAGGUAUGGGAAAGUGGCCGAUGUUUUGCUUUCCCGCCCGAACCGSUUGCUACGUUUUGUGUCCGUCCGCUUGUUGUUGUCGUCCGUCCUGCAGCGGCCUCCAAUGCUUCACGGUAAGUGGGUAGCAACGAACUGGGCACUUAAACUUUGAUGAAGGUUCCACGGGGACGGAGUGGUUAAGCGUUGU